GAGUGUGUAAACUGAAUUCGCGUCAUUAUAUAGUGACUACGUGGAGAGUGCACUGUGGCACCCAACCGUACGCACUUUGGCCCAUAGAUUCGCACUCUCCCAAUCACGCGCUCCAUAGGAGUUUUAUAUUGAUCAUGGAUGCUGAAGAGAACCCUAAACAAAAACUCUACGACGUCGCUGUCGAUGGUUGAAUAUGUCUACCCAAGCCGACAGAGGCAGACGGGGGCCACGGGGCCGAUGACGACUGCAAGAAGCCAGGUGGCGUGGGCCAGUAGCCAUUGGCUGUACCGACGGUUUUGAAGCAGACCAAGGACAAGCCUCACUCAUCGAGCAGUGAGAAAGAAAUUGGUUUGGGAGAGCGCCGAAUUUUCUGCUGCUGAUAAACUAAGCGAGCGUAGAGGACAGAGAGAAAGGAGGUGGUUUGAAUACUGGGGGCAUGAAGUGAAGAUGGAGGACACAGAGACGGAAUUUCCCGCAUCAAGGGCUGGUGCUGAUGCUGUUGGUGCUGCAAUUGGAGAUGGGAGUUGCGUCAAGGAGACUCGCUCUGAAAUGCUCGCCCGUCAUCAAAAAGAAAUCAAGGAACUACAGAACAAGGAAAUUGGUUUGAAGAAGGCUGCGGCAAAGGGAAGCAAGGCUGAGCAGAAGGCGAAGAAAAAGCUCGCAGAGGAGGAAGUUGCGAGGCUUGACACCAAACUGAAAGCUAGACACGUCAAGGAACUUGCUUCCUUGGGAAUACCAGUGGACGACAAGGAGAUCAAUAGUAUAGAGGUGAAAGUGAAGGCCAUAGCUGGUGUCUCACUGAACGGUACUAAUAACCAGGUCAGACCUUCCAAGGGACAGAAAUGGAGAGACAGGAGAGCUCAGCAAGAGGCUGAGCGAGAGCAGCGGAUUCAAGAAGAACAAAACAAUGUCGUUAGCGAGCGAGUUUUGGAAGACCAGCAGCUGGAGGGAAAGCUUGCACCUCUGGGCUACACCCUGAAGGAAAUAAAAUCUGAUGGGCAUUGCCUUUACAGGGCAGUUGAGGAUCAAAUAGGACUGCACCCUGAACUCGUCCAGUACUCUUAUCAAGAACUCAGGAUACUAGCCGCGAACUACAUGAGGACUCAUGCAGAUGAUUUUAUGCCUUUCAUAGGAGCGGAAACAACAGAAGGUGACAACCCUGAUGAGACUUUGCAGACGAAGUUUGAGAGAUACUGUGGUGAGGUUGAAUCCACAGCAGCUUGGGGAGGGCAAUUGGAGUUGGGGGCUUUGUCUCACGCCAUGAAGAAACAUAUUGUCGUUUAUUCAGCAACAUUACCUGAUGUUGAAAUGGGUAAGGAGUAUAAAGAGGACGCCCCAGAGGGUGCACCUUUACUGAAUCCGAGCGUAAGAGUUUCUUACCAUCGACACGCGUUUGGGCUUGGGGAGCACUAUAAUUCGGUGAUUCCAGUGGAUCCAUCGCUGGUGCAGGAUACUGCCUAAAGCUUGAACAUGCCUGCCACAAGACGACCUCAUCCUUAUUUCGAAGUCUUUAACACCUUAGAACUUGGCUACCUCAAAAGGCGUAGUAUUUCAUUCCGGGACCUUGACCAUAAGAACUGUGCAUGGUCUGGGGACGAGAGCGACCAGUUGAGUGUCGAAUGUGGGUCUUGAUUGGGAGAAGCCUGAUUUACAUUGUGGAUGUGGAAGCUACGAGGAUGUGUUGGAAGCGGAGGGUGUACGAAUGCUGACCAUGCAGACUUCUAUGCGACUGAGACAAGUAUCCCGGUGUACUGGUACAUUUGUAGCAGUAAAACUUUUGUUGUUUCGCUAAGUAUGGUUCUCUGACGGCCGAAGUGACGGAUUGCAUGCAAAUCAACGAGCCAGAUUGCGGAGCUAUAACACAGUUAGCCAUAGAUAAGUACAAGGCAGAGAUUUUUUCAUAAUAUGUAGAAUGCAUACAGUCAGUCCGCCCGCUAGAUUGAAAAAGUCAGUACAGCUGCACGAUUACAUCUCAACUGAGAUCUGACUGAAGAGGUGUUGUGUUGUAAUUGUGUUGUAAAGAGGUUGUAAACUCAUGUUAUUUUGAAGCAGUCCCAUGUGUAUCAUUCACUACUUCUUUUGUCCGCCGAUUCUGUGUAUUUGGUUUUCC